CCUCUCCCUCCCUCCCUCUAGUACCCCACUUUAUUCUCAAGAGGUGUUGAUCUCGUUAAACAGUUUCCAUUGUCUUAUUAUACAUUGGGACUGACUGUUGCUCACCUCUUAGGACUCAAGAAUGUGACUCCAUUCUCAACUGUUGCUAAUGGUAAAAGUCAUCAUUUGGAGUCAAAGUACCCAGAAGCUGUUGAUCUAGAUUGUUCUACCAACAGUAGUGAGUCAGUGACACUAUGUGAAGAAUGUGAUCAGUCCAAGGCGGAGUAUUUGUGCCAGAAGUGUGACUGUAAAUUGUGUGACAAGUGCUUUGAUCAGAUCCAUUCUGUUUCUAAGGUCCUCAAGACUCACAGUAAGGUGAUUAUUGAGUCCUCUGUACUGAAAAUGAGUAAUGACAGACAGUCGCAGCUCACAGCUGCUAUGAGGACAGCACAGAAGCAUCAACACUCACUGGCUCUCACUAGAAAUAAUUUGUGUGUAGCUCGUCAGAAGUUAAAUGAUUGUAAGACCAAGGUUUGUCGAGGAGAAGAACUCAUUCAGAUCUGUCAGGCUAGAAUUCAGAAAGUUGCUAGAAGCUUGUAUUUGGAGAUCAGCAAACAGGAGGAAAAACUUGAUGACUUUGACUGUGAGUUGAGGAAGGUUGAAGAAGCCAAAAGGAGGGCGGUGGUCAAGUGUCAUGCUGUCCUUCAAACCAACGAAGAGAAGGAAGACCUGGAUAAUUUGCUCUACCAGUUAACUUGUGCUGUUGAUCUUGAUACUUGUACCCUAUCAGAAGUCCACAUCCCACGUAUCAUUAUCAAUAGGGACGUACUGCAAGAGUCUCUGGAGGACUCAUAUCACUUGGCAUCCGAAUCUUCGAGCAGUGUAUUCAAUACUCCUCCUGGAGGGAAAGGACAAGAAGAGGAGGAAGAGGAGGAGGAAGAAGAUCAUAAUGAAACUACUUCAUCUUUUUCACUGUCUCCCCCACAGGUUAACGAUCCGUUGGCUGUAUCAGCAUCAGAUGAUGUCAAUGAUUCCAGUGCUUCUGUUAAUGUCGUCAUUAAAGAAGGCGCUGAGAGCGUCAGAUCCUGUACUCCAGUGGGACAGUCCACUCCUAAUCUACAGGGCAGUCAGUUCCUCUCUCCGUCUCUCAGUCCUAAGGUCCCGAGAGGUUACAGUUCUUGUACCAGCAGCAGCAGUAGGGGAAGUACCCCCGGACCUACUGAUACUGAUAUGACUGGAGCUGUUGGUGUCAUAGUCAGUCAUAUUAACUCACCCAGUGAGUUCUACAUCCAGUACACCAGUGACCUUCCAUCAUUGGACCACUUUCAUUCAGAGCUAAAAGGAGAAUCACUUCAGAGGAUCAGUGGCUUACAAAAAAAUCUGGUCUGUGUUGUAGUCCGUGAAGACUCUUACCGUCGCUGUCAGGUUGAAUCUUCUGACGAUCACUCCUACCCUUCUGUUCAGCUCCUUGACUAUGGGAACUCUGAAAUAGUCAACGUACACAGUUUGUUCUAUCUCCCGUCAAAGUUCAAGGAGACUCCUCUGUUUGCUCAUAAGUGUCGGUUGGAAGGUAUCGGGCCAAUGUCUUCUGGAAGACAUGACAAGUACCAGAUCACUCCACAAAAUGUUUGGAGUCACUCGGCAAACUCAUUCUUUAAGAGCGUCUGUGAAGAUAAAACCGAUAUUAAGAUGAAGGUUUUUUCCAAGGAAGGGAAUGUCCUUUUUGUUGAUAUUAUUAUUCCAUCAAGCAGUGGUGGCCUAUCCAUUGCUAGGCAACUC